AUGUGGAUUAUUGCAUUUUAUCUCCUUGGCACAGUAGCAGGUAAAGAGGUUUGCUACCCCAGGCUUGGCUGUUUCACAGACGACCCACCCUGGUCCGGGGUACCAGGGAGACUUCUGACAGGUUUGCCUGACUCUCCAGAACAUAUGAACAUCAGCUUCUCUCUCUACACCAGAGAAACAGGAAAUAACUCACAGGUGAUCUCAGCAAUAAACUCCUCAACCAUCCAAAACUCACAUUUUUCGUCACAUAGGAAAACCUCCUUCAUCAUUCAUGGAUUUGGCAGCACUGGAAAAAAAGGCUGGGUGGUGGAAAUGUGCUUGCUGUUACUGGAAGUAGAAAAUAUCAACUGCAUUGCUGUUGAUUGGAAAGCAGGUGCAAAAGGCACCUACAUCAGUGCAGUGAACAACAUCCGCGUGAUCGGCGCUGAGGUUGCUUAUUUCAUAAAAACUUUACAGAAAAUCUUCAGAUACUGCCUUUGCAAGAUCCAUUUAAUUGGCCACAGUCUGGGAGCACAUGCUGCAGGAGAGGCGGGAAGAAGGAUCCAAGGCAUCAGACGGAUGACAGGCUUAGACCCUGCUGGGCCCUAUUUUGAAGGUACUCCUCCUGAGGUGAGACUGGAUCCUUCAGAUGCAAACUUUGUUGAUGUUAUUCACACUAACGCUGCUCACUUUCCUGCCAUAGGGUUUGGAAUGUAUAGCACUACCGGACACCUGGAUUUUUACCCAAACGGAGGAACUGUGAUGCCUGGAUGCACUGAUUUAAUUCCAGAGAUGAAACAAAGCGAUUUUGAAGUUAUCAUUGCAGACGCUACAAUGAUUGGGGGGUGCCAUCACUCACGCAGCCAUGAGUUUUAUUUUGCAAGUAUCCUCCAUCCCACCGGAUACCUUGGAUAUCACUGUGAAACGUACAAAUCCUUUGAGUCAGGAGACUGUUUCCCAUGUUCACAGGAUGGAUGUCCAAUGAUGGGGCACUAUGCUGACAGAUUCCCAGCUAAACUGGAAAGAGUAAACCAGAAGUAUUUUUUAAAUACAGCAGCAGACCCACCUUUUGCUACUUGGAGACAAAAAGUAUUUAUCAAACUGUCUGGUGUAAAGAAAAUGAGGGGGGACAUAAACCUAGUUUUCCAUGACACAGAGGGGAACACAAAAGAAUAUGAAAUUGCCAGUGGAGUCCUCUCUCAAGACCAAGUUUAUACAAAAUACCUUGAUGUUGAAAUUAACCCAAAAAAUACUAAAAAAAUUGAAUUUCUCUGGAAUAAAGCCAUAUUUAAUCUGCUCUGGGCAAGACUGGGAGCAGAAACAGUCAAUAUAAUUCAUGGAGAAGAUGGACAUAG